GCGCAGAAGGGCCAGGAACGGAUCCAGGAGCCUCAGCGCGAGGGCCCCCUGCCGGUCUCGACGCUUUGUGGCUUCCUGGGCGCGGGUAAAACGACACUGCUGAAACAUAUCCUGGAGAAGAAACACCAGACUGACGGCUUCAAGUGUGCGGUGAUUGUCAACGACAUGGCAGAGGUGAAUAUUGACAAGGCACUGAUCGACCAGACUGCUCUGGUUCAAAGUGACGAGGUCGUCGCCAUGCAAAACGGGUGCGUGUGCUGCACCCUGAA